ACACAAACCAAAAACGUAUUUCUUUCUCUGGAAAUUUCCUCACAUUUUCUCUCACGAGCAGCCACAGCCACCACAACCGCCACCACUAGACCAGCUAGGGUUUCUGGUGGGUUCUAUUGAAGCUUCCUGGACAAAGAAAGAGUUCUCAAGUCUCCAUCAUAUCCCCGGUAUUCCAGUUUCAAUGGCAAAAGCUGCAGCAGGAACUGAUAACCCUGCCACCCCAACCGCUGUCCGGAUCGUUGUGGCUGGAGACCGUGGCACUGGGAAAUCGAGCUUGAUUGUGACUGCUGCAACCGAGAACUUCCCAGCAAAUGUGCCUCCGCUGCUGCCCCCAACCAGGCUGCCUGAAGAUUUCUACCCUGAACGUGUGCCCAUCACCAUUAUCGACACAUCAUCUCGACCGGAGGAUAAUAGUAAAGUUGCUGAAGAAUUGAAGCGAGCUGAUGCAAUUGUGCUCACGUAUGCUUGUGAUCAGCCUCAGACUCUUGAUCGACUGAGCACCUUCUGGCUUCCAAAACUUCGUCAGCUAGAGGUGAAGGUACCUGUUAUAGUGGUCGGUUGUAGGCUGGAUUUGAGAGAUGAGAACCAACAGGUGAGCCUGGAACAAGUGAUGUCACCAAUAAUGCAACAGUUUCGGGAGAUUGAGACUUGCAUUGAGUGUUCAGCGUUUAAGCAUAUUCAGAUUCCUGAGGUCUUUUACUAUGCACAAAAAGCUGUUCUUCAUCCAACAGGCCCAUUAUUCGAUCAGGAAACACAGACUUUGAAGGACCAAUGUGUGCGAGCCUUGAAGCGGAUUUUCAUUCUUUGUGAUCAUGACAGGGAUGGUGCCCUCAGUGAUGCAGAGUUGAAUGAUUUCCAGGUUAAAUGUUUCAAUGCUCCAUUGCAACCUUCUGAGAUAGUGGGUGUUAAGAGGGUUGUGCAAGAAAAGUUACCGGAAGGAGUCAAUGAACGUGGGCUUACAUUGACAGGAUUUCUCUUCCUUCAUGCACUAUUUAUAGAAAAGGGACGUCUAGAGACAACGUGGACUGUCCUCAGGAAGUUUGGAUACAAUAAUGAUAUAAGACUUGCAGAUGAACUAAUCCCAUCUCCUAUGAAACGGACUCCUGAUCAGAGUGUGGAGAUGACAAAUGAAGCAAUCGACUUUCUAAGGGUAACAUUUGACGUGUUUGACAGUGACGAAGAUGGGGCCCUACGACCACGUGAACUUGAUGAACUAUUUUCUACUGCUCCAGCAAGUCCGUUUAGUGAAUUGCCAUAUACGGAUGCUGCAGAGAGAAAUGCAUUUGGAGGGUUAUCACUUGAUGGAUUUUUGUCACAGUGGGCCCUCAUGACACUCCUAAACCCAGCUUCUACGAUGGAGAAUCUGAUAUACAUUGGUUAUCCUGGUGAUGUUUCAUCCACAAUCCGUGUGACUAGGAAGAGGCGUUUAGACCGCAAGAAGCAGCAAUCGGAAAGAAAUGUUUUCCAAUGCUUCGUUUUUGGUCCAAAGAAGGCUGGGAAGUCUGCACUAUUGGAUUCAUUUCUUGGAAGGCCAUUUUCUGAUAAUUAUAAUCCAAACACUGAGGAGCGUUAUGCAGUUAAUGUUGUUGAUCAACCUGGGGGAAUCAAGAAAACCCUAGUGUUGAGAGAGAUUCCUGAAGAUGGAGUUAGCAAAUUGCUGUCAAGUAAAGAGGCUCUGGCUGCUUGUGACAUAGCUGUGUUUGUUCACGACAGUUCUGAUGAGUUGUCCUGGACGAGAGCAACUCAGUUGCUGGUAGAAGUUGCUAGUCAUGGUGAGGAUACUGGCUUUGAGGUUCCUUGCCUCAUUGUUGCAGCUAAAGAUGAUAUGGAUUCAUUCCCAUCGGCCAUUCAACAUUCUACGAGGGUUAGCCAAGAUAUGGGAACAGAGGCUCCUAUACCUAUCAGCACAAAGUUGGGUGAUUUGAAUAAUUUAUUUCGUAAAAUUGUAAGUGCUGCAGAGCACCCUCAUUUGAGCAUUCCUGAAACUGAGGCUGGGAGGAGCCGCAAGCAAUACCACCGGCUCAUAAACCGCUCACUUAUGGUUGUUUCUGUGGGAGCUGCAGUGGCCAUUGUUGGACUGGCAGCUUACCGUGUCUAUGCUGCAAGGAAGAAUGCCUCCGGUUAGAGGAUAAAGGAUGAAGUUUCAUGUGCAUCAACUGACUUAUUACUUGAGGCCGACUUUCUGCAAACUUGAUGGCUUCACGAAGCGGUCAUCUUCAGUUCCCCAUUUUGUUGGGUGGAUUUGCAGAGAGAUUGCAAGUAUCUGUUUAAUUAUUACACCCUUGAAACCUUUCAACUCUUGCCGUCUCGGCAGGGUUGUAUCAAGUGCGCUAAAUGUUUCCUUUCCAUCGGGUUCCCAUUGUGCCUAUGGCUAAAGCUCUUUGAAACAGAUGAUAUACAACUUACAAGGGUAAAUUCGUUUUUUGCGUUUGUCAUUUCCAUAAGCGUCCAAUAAUAUGUUAAUAGAGAUAAAUUCAGUUUUAAUAUCAUCAAAAAUGGAAACGCUACACGCCAGGAAGAUUUCUUUGGAGGGCCAUUAAUUAAGGCCGUAGAGGAUUGGUUUUACUUUUAAUUUUGA